AAGGGCUAAGUCGAUUACAUCGGCUUCGGUACUCAACUAGUACUUAUUUUAUCGAGUCUGAAAGGCAAAGUCAACCUCAGCUUUAUCAGAACGUAAAGACGGAUGCUUAGCAUUUUGCCCGGCGAGUUAGCGAUUCGGUAGCAUGAUGGUGGGUGGAGCCUAUUGAAGUGGGAUGGAUCAUUAGAAAAGUAAAUCGAUGUAGUUGUUCGUCUAUCAGCCGUCGUGUUAACAUGGGUUCUUUCUUUGUGUCGUCAAGUUCUGUAAAGGCUGCCGAAGGCCGCAGACUUGAAGUUGACCCAUUCCACUUACGUCCAAAUUCGUUGACAACUACCGGCGACACUUGUCAGCAAAAUAAAAUUAAUAAACUGACCAAAGACAACCAGUCUCUAUACGAAGUAGAGGUACCCACCAAAAUGGUUCCUGCGCCGGGGGUUCCUGUCCCGGUUGACGAGUGCCCCCCCGAGUACAGCGUCAACGACCCCCUGAACGCGGAGAACGAGUUGUCAAGUGCACAGCCGCAGGCGCGGAAUCGCCCCUUCGAACCCGAUCAAGACGAAGAGGAAGCCGAUGCGUGGGGGAACGCUGGGGACAACGAACAACCUGAGGGCAAAAAAUUUAAUGCCCUGGGUACCAGUGACAAGGUAGUGCGUAUACUGCUGAUUACUUUGAAGAUUAUCUGUGUCCAUGGCUUCCUGUACAUCUUCAUCAUAUCACUCAACCUGCUUAGCCAAGCAUUCAGACUCUUGGGUGGCAAAACUGCUGGUGGUUUCAUGUCUAAUCACAUGCUUCUUCAAAAUCCAUUGACUGGUCUUAUGAUUGGCAUCCUUGCAACUGUGUUGAUGCAGAGCUCAAGUACUUCUACGUCCAUUGUUGUCACAAUGGUAGCAGCAAACAUGAUCAAUGUCGAGCCUGCAAUUUCAAUUAUAAUGGGUGCCAAUAUUGGGACAUCUGUAACCAACACAAUUGUUUCCCUGGCCCAGUAUGGAAAUAGGGAUGAAUUCCGGAGAGCAUUUGGUGCUGCCACCGUCCAUGAUAUGUUCAAUUGGUUGAGUGUUUGCUUGUUACUUACUGUGGAGGUCUGCACUGGCUACCUCUACAAGCUGAGUGGGUUGAUGGUGUCUAACCUAUCUCUUCCGAAGUAUAAAACUCGUAAGUUUGACAUGCUGAAAGUAAUAACUAGACCUGUUACAAACUUAAUUGUUCAGCUUGAUAAAGAGGUGAUAGAAGGAAUUGCCACUGGUCAAUAUUGGAGUGGAAGAAGGUUGUUAAAGGUUUGGUGCAAAUAUACCAAAACUUAUGUUCAACAAAAUGUUACACGUGAAGUUAAUGUGUCUUCCAGUGAAAGUCCUAAUUUAAUAACCAAUCUACAGAAUGUAACACAAUUAGAGAAAAUAUAUGUAACAUCACCCAUAGAGAAAUGUUAUUGUCUGAUGAGUUAUAUCAAUUGGAAUGAUUCGGUAUCCGGUGUUGUUUUGCUGGUCAUCUCAUUGUUAUCUUUGGUCUUCUGUCUAAUGGGAAUGGUACGCUUGCUUCAUUCGAUGCUCCGUGGACCUGUAGCUUCAGCCUUGAAGAAAACAAUAAACUCUGACAUUCCAAAACCAUUUUCAUUUCUAACUGGAUAUGUAGCCAUCAUUAUUGGUGCUAUAUUAACAAUAAUUCUUCAGAGCAGUUCUAUAUUCACAUCAACUCUCACACCUUUAGUUGGUAUGGGUGUCAUUCACAUUGAGCGAAUGUACCCGCUGACUUUAGGUUCCAACAUUGGAACGACUGCAACUGGUUUAUUAGCUGCCAUGGCAACUUCGGGAGACAAGCUGAGAGCUGCUCUGCAAAUUGGACUCUGCCAUCUUUUAUUUAAUCUAACCGGCAUUUUAAUAUUUUAUCCAGUACCAAUAAUGCGUAAGCUUCCUAUAAACCUGGCGAAAAUGUUGGGCAACACCACGGCCAAAUACCGUUGGUUUGCUUUUAUGUAUUUACUGACUGCAUUUUUCCUGCUUCCAGCAUUUGUCUUUGCCUUGUCACUGGCUGGCAAAUAUGCACUGAUCACAGCUAGUGUCAUCAUUAUUCCACUCCUUGCCUUCAUUAUCAUUGUUAAUAUUCUGCAAAGUAAAAAGAAAAGCCUCCUGCCAAAAGUACUGAGGAACUGGGAUUGGCUUCCUCUCUGUUUACAUUCACUAGAACCAAUGGACAAGUUCCUGUCAAAGUUCACAGGAUUCUGUAAAAUGUGUCAAAAAAAACUGGAUCAGCCAAGAGCAAACGAAGGAUCCAGCCUGAGUGCAAUUGAUAAUUCUUGUGAUGUAAGUCCUCGAGCUGAAAGUCCUACUAGUUUCAAUUCUACAGCACAAUUAAUAAUAACACAUGAAACAACAAAAUGUUGAUAAUUUAGGAAUUAACAGUUCAUUAUAAAAUAAUUAUUCAUUUAGGAAAUUUUAAAUUUUGAAUCACCUUUUUUUUUUUUUCACCCCUCUCUCAUGUGAGAGCAGAUCUGUUAUCAUUUCCUACAAUUUACAUGUAGGUGUGAAAGGGAUUAUAUAUAUACAGUCACAUGUCUACAACUGUACAUAUAUAAUUGUGUGUGAUUGUAUAUAUACGUACAUACACACAUAUGUACUUAUGAGUUUCUCUGUGUGUGGUGUGGGUGUGUGUAUGUGUGUGUGAACUUGCAUAAAUGUUAUAUUGAGGGUGCUGGCACUGCAGUUUGUAAAUAUUCUUCAUCUAAGUAACAUAAUAAGACCAAGCUAAUAUAGGGGAUCUAUUCAAGUGAAUGUUUUACUGAAACAUAUAGAAGUUUAUACCAUUAUAUAAAGCUAUCCAUAGUAAAAUUAAGAUGUGUAUUUAUGUGCUUUAAUUAUUAUUAAGGCUUGUGCAUAAAUGCAUCUGUUCCUAACUAGUACACAACAGAAUAAUUAAUGAUCAUGUAUGUAAGAUAUAUAAUGUAUAUAUUUAUAUAUAUCAUAAACAUCCAUAUUCAUGCACAUGUGCAUACAUAUAUGUGUGUAGAUGCAUAUAUGUAUAUAUAUGCAGACAUAUAUCAAUGUGUAUGUGUACUAUAUAUGUCUACAUACAUAUAUGUAUAUACAUGUUUGUGUGUAUAAAGUAAAGCAGUAAUCACAUGUAUAUAUUUGAACAGAUUUGCACUAAUUCAUCAUUCUAUAUUUAUGUUAGCUGGUGGCUGCAUAUAGUGAAUUAUAUAUGCUGGCACAAUUAUUUCCAAAACCAUUUUACAACGACACUAUCUCAUUGACAUUGCUGAAUGAUAAAAGCUGCUGAGAAAAACUUACUUCAAAAGAAAUGAAGUUAUUCUUCUAUUUAUCUUUUCAAGUUUACCUUUAUAUUAGUUUAUUAGUGAUUAUGAGUAGAAAAAAAAUUCUAGUAAUAUUGAUAAUUUAGAUGAAUAUUUAGUAAUUUUCAAAAAUUUUGUUCCUUAAUUUACAAGCUAUUUUAGUAUAAUAAUAUAUAUAUUAAAAAAAAUUUGCAUAGAGAAAGAGUAAGCUAAGAGAAAUGCUUGGGUUGCAUAUUCUUUAAUUUCAGUCGUUAGUUCAUUCACUUCAUUUAUAUCAUUACUGAUAACUAAGAAAAUAUGAACAUCAUAAAUUAAUAUUCACAAGAAGUAGUAAGCAGUGUAAUAUAAGAAAUGAAAUGUUGAUUAGCUGGCUCUUCAACCAAACUGCUUUUAAUUCCCAUCUCCAGGUCUUUCAUUUCAUUUACAUAAUCAAUGACCUCUAGGAAGGCAUAAACUUCACAUCUUCAUUCAACCACCUACUCCAAUAAAAAUUUAAAUUUUGUGCCUAUUUAAAACAUUAAUAUAUAUAUACAUACACACACACACACAAAUAUAUAUAUAUAUAUGUGUGUGUGUGUGUAUAUAUAUAUAUAUAUAUAUAUAUAUAUAUAUAUAUAUAUAUGUAGUAGUUAAUCUUAUGUUAUACACCUGGUAGUUUGCUGGUAAAGCACGUUUACUGACUCAGUGUUCAUUGGGUAUGUAAUUAAUGAGAGAAACGGAAGAUGGAGAGUCUUUAUUGAUCACUACAAUCAUUUUGACCCAUCUAGCAUCAAACCCCUGUCGAUGGGAUGCUGCAUAACUGGUUUAGGUAUAUCCCUCAGUGUAGAUGUGUCUCCUCAGGUGAUUUCAAGAGGUAUCAUUAAAAUAAACUCUGUUUCACACAACUUAUUACUGCAUGUUUUCCUUUUGGUCUUCGUGAUAGAAAUGGCAAAUUGGUGGGUACCUCUUCAUUCUUAUAGAAAAUCAUUUUUUAAUUUUUUGCUCUAUUGUAUAUUUGUUUCUUUUUGUAUCUGGUUUUUGUGAUUGAUCUUCUAUAACAAUGAAGCAGUAUCCAUUAAUUUACCAUUUCUUUGAAGACCAAGAAGAAAAUAUGCAUGUCAUGUGAAACAGAGUCUAUUUUAAUGGGAUAGCUUUUGAAAUCACGUGAGGAGACACAUCUAUACUGAGGGAUAAGCAGCAUCCCACCCAUGAAGGAUCAAUGGUAGAUGGAUCGAAACGAUUGUAGUGAUCAAUAAAAAUUCUUUUAUCUUCCAUCUCAUUAUAUAUAUAGUUAACUCUAUUGUAAAGAAUGUUUGAGACUAAAAUCCUAAUUUAUUUAUAGAAGCAAUUUAUGUUCCUCAAAAUAUGCUUUCUUUAGAUACUGAAUUAAAACUAAAUAUCUAUACUUAAUUAGUACCAUUAACAAUAAGGCUAAUUUUAAUUUAUGUAUGUAUAUUUUUUUUAUAUAAACAAGUAUCUUUAUUGUGAAGAUUAAGAUCAAUUUAGGCGUAAAUAAAAUAAAAUAAUAAAAAUAAGUGAUAAGACUAUAAUAAUUAUUUUUAAUAUGGAACAUAUAUUUAGGUAUUUUACUAUAAAUCUUGUUAUACAAACUGUAAAAUUUAGUCCUAUUUAAAAAUUUUUUAACAUUUUUCUGUUCAUUUUUGUUUUGUUUUCAAACAUUCAAUUUUUUUCAUAGGUAUAAAGAAAAACUAUACAUUUUCAUUUUGUCAAUUCUUUUACAUCUUUGGUUAAUGUUUUAACUUGAAACAAUGUUAUAUAUUAAAAUUAUUUGAUUUAAAAAAAAAUUUAUUUAUUUAUUUUUUUUGUUUCAUUCUCCUACAUUUCUCCCCUUAAAAACAUCUGAGAAAUAUUUUACUAUAGUGUGAAAUGACAUUUUAUAUUUAGUUUUUUUUUCUUUCUUUUUCUUUUCUUUUUUCUUUCUUUUUCAAAUUUUAAUAUAAAAAUGAUGUCUAAGAUUGGCACAAGUGUUCAAUUAUAGGAAACAACACAAUCAAUUAUAUUGACUCAAGUACUUGAUUGAUUCCAGAAUGGCAAAAUCAACUCUUGCAGGAUUUGAACACAGGACACAGAAACAUUCCUAAAUUGCCAGAAGUUAUUUUCCCUGGCAUUUUAUCAAUUCUACUAUCCAUCAAACUUCUAAUAUAAAAUAAUGAAUUCUACCCCAUUAGUAGUCUAAAUUAUUUUACUCCCUAAUUUUCAGUAUAUCUUUUUUUAUUUAUCUUAGUCUUGUAAGUCAAAAUUAAUACAUUUAUGGAAGAAUGGUUUUAAUUAUAUCUAUCUCCUGAAAGUAGAGCUACUAUGAUAUACUUGCUACAUUGUGAUAAAAAAUUUUUUUUUUUAUAAUAAGCAUCACAUUUUUUUCAGUGACUAUUAAUCCCUUUGACUUCUGACCUAAAUUGUGAACCACCAAUCUUUUAUUUUGUUCAUGGCUAUCAGUGCUUCUGUGUGUGUGGUAUCUGAAAAGGUUGGUAAAUAGCAUGAAAUACAAAAAUAAUAAAAAGGAAUAUUACUGAGCUAACAGGUGGGGAAACACAUUUGUAUGUGUUUCUAUUCAGAAAAUUAAAAUUUAACCAUACAGUCCUCCAUUUUAAAUUGAAUGAUGUUUUUGUGUGGUUACAAAACUCAGCACUUCAUUGCACUGACUAGCAUUAUUAUUGUUGUUGUUAUUAUUAUUAUUAUUAAGGCAGUGAACUGGCAAAAUUGUUAGCACACUGGGUGAAAUGCUUAGCGGUAGUUCAUCUGUCACUACAUUCUGAGUGCAAAUUCUGCUGAGGUCGACUUUGCCUUUCAUCCUUUCAGGGUUUAUUAAAUAAGUACCAGUUAUGCACUGGGUCGAUGUAAUCGACUCCCCCCUCCCCUGCAAAUUUCAGGCCCUGUGCCUAUAAUAGAAAGGAUUAUUAUUAUUAUUAUUAUUACUAUUGCCACAGCAAUCUGGGACAGUUGUCAGCAUGCUGGCCAAAAUGCUUAGUAGUAUUUCUUCCGAUUUGAACUUCUGAGUUGAAAUUCCAUCAAGAUCAAGUUUGAUUUUCAUCCAUUCAGGAUUGAUAAAAAAAUUAUUAUUAUUAUUAUAAUUAUUAUUAAGGUAGCAAGCUGGCAGAAUUGUUAGCACAUCAGACAAAAUGCUUAGCAACAUUUCUUCUGGUUUGUUUACAUUCUGAGUUCAAAUUCUGUCACGGUCAACUUUGCCUUUCAUCCUUUUGGCGUUGGUAAAAUAAGUACCAGUUGAGCACUAGGGCCAAUGUAAUCAACUAGCGCCCACUCCUCCAAAUUUUCAGGCCUUAUGGUUAUAGUUGAAAGGCCUAUUAUUAUUAUUAUUAUUUAACCACAUAUGUCAACUUCUGCUUCUCACAUUUUCUCUUUCAAAUUUCAACAGAUCUGUCACAUUUACACUCUCAUUCUCAUUUUAUUGGCUCUUCCUCUUACCAUUUUAAUUUAUACAGUUUUUGGGGGGGUUUUUUCUAACCCUCUUAUUCCACCUUUGCCUAUGCAUCAUAAAUUCAUUGCCAUUUGUACCAGAUGUCCUUGUAUUUAUGUUAAGUCUCGGCCAUAAAACAUCACUGUCCAUUGAUUAAACACA